AUGGACAGUCAGUCGUCUUCCAAAGUCUUCAGACACGCUGCGGUCGUCACAGAUUCCAAAAUCGCCUCUGAUAUUGGAAAUGAGCUUCUAAUGUCCAGAGGCGGAAACGCUGUGGAUGCUGCAGUGGCGGCGUCGCUUGCAACUGGGGUCAUUAGUAUGCACAGCUGCGGGAUCGGUGGCGGCUCUCUGUUUGUCAUAUACACCAAAUAUGCAAGGCCAGAAUCACGCAGAGGGCCUGGCUGGCACGCCGUAGACAGCAGGGAGACGGCUCCAUUGGCGUCCAGUGAGAAUAUGUUUAAUCAGUUGGACAGCUCCAGAAGGCACAGUUCCCGUCUAGGUGGUAUGGCGAUUGGCGUGCCCGGUGAGAUCAGAGGUCUCUUUGAGGUCCAUAAAGAGUUUGGGAAACUUUCCUGGGAGGAGGUUGUCAUGCCAACGGUCAAACUGUGUGAGAAGGGUGUGCCCCUGACAAACCCAGUCCGAAACGUUCUAAAACAUCUUUCAGACAACAUGAGAGACAAAUUUCCAGAAUACUUUGACAGCAACGGAGCCCCAAAGACAGCAGGCAGCCCAAUCCAGCUACCAUCUCUCGCAAAGACGUUUCUGACCAUCGCCAAACAUCCAGAUGCCUUCUACAGUGGGAGUCUUGCAGAGAUUAUCGUUGCUGAUAUCAGAGACGCUGGGGGGAUAAUCACCUUGGACGACAUGAAGAACUAUCAGGUGAAGUGGCGUCCCCUGUCGGUGAUGAAUCUACCCGGAGGAUUCAGUGUACACUCUAUCCCUCCACCAGGAAGUGGACCAGUCCUUGGCUAUAUUCUGAAUAUUUUGAGCGGUUACAAUUUCUCACCGGCCAGCCUAGCAACGGAAGAGAGUUCAGUCCUGACUUACCACAGAAUUAUUGAAGCCAUGAAGUUCGCUUUUGCAGAGCGCUCUAAACUGGGAGACUCGGAUGGAUUUGAUGAGACAGCCCAGAAGCUGCAAAGACCAGCCUACGGGGAAGCCACCAGAAAGAGGAUCACAGAUCACAAGACCCAAGAGAUCGAGUAUUACAAACCAGCCUACCAUAUACACAACAAUCAUGGGACGGCCCACAUAUCCGUCAUUGAUGCCGAGGGCAACGCCGUCUCUGUUACAAGUACCAUUAACACAUACCUGGGAUCCCAUGUCAGAGGUCAAAGGACAGGCAUAGUCUUCAACAAUGAGAUGGACGAUUUCUCUACUCCAGGCACUCCCAACUACUACGGGUUCCCUCCAUCCCCGGCAAACUUCAUCAGGCCUGGCAAACGACCCAUGUCUUCCAUGUGUCCAGCCAUUGUCUUUGACGACAAUAAACAGAGGGUCCGACUCGUCACUGGUGCUGCGGGGGGAAGUACCAUCACCACAACAACGGCAAUGAACAUUGUGGAUGUGUUGUGGUUUGGUAAACAACUUCCAACAUCAAUCAAGUCACCGAGACUUCAUCACCAGCUUCUGCCGUCGAAGAUUCAAGUUGAAGACGGCUACCCCGAGACAAUACUGCAUGGGUUAAAAAGUAAAGGACACAGCAUUGGCCGGAUGUCGUGUAAAUCCGUGAUACAGGCAGUAGAAGUACGAGACGAUGGCAUCUAUGCUGUUGCUGAUUUGCGUAAGGGGGGAGUCCCCAGUGGAUACUAA